CCAAGACACACAGAGCCACGGAAUCUCACAGGUGUCUGAGAAUUCCUCCUCCUGGGACUCUCAGAGGAUCCAGAACUGCAGCCGGCCCUCGCUUUGCUGUUCCUGUCCCUGUCCAUGUAUCUGGUCACGGUGCUGAGGAACCUGCUCAGCAUCCUGGCUGUCAGCUCUGACUCCGCCCUCCACACCCCCAUGUACUUCUUCCUCUCCAACCUGUGCUGGGCUGACAUCGGUUUCACCUCGGCCACGGUUCCCAAGAUGAUUGUGGACACGCAGUCGCAUAGCAGAGUCAUCUCUCAUGCGGGCUGCCUGACACAGAUGUCUUUCUUGCUCCUUGUUGCAUGUAUAGAAGGCGUGCUCCUGACUGUGAUGGCCUAUGACUGCUUUGUAACCAUCUGUAGCCCUCUGCACUACCCAGUCAUCGUGAAUCCUCACCUCUGUGUCUUCUUCGUUUUGGUGUCCUUUUUCCUUAGCCUGUUGGAUUCCCAGCUGCACAGUUGGAUUGUGUUACAAUUAACCAUCAUCAAGAAUGUGGAAAUCUCUAAUUUGGUCUGUGAACCCUCUCAACUUCUCAAACUUCCCUGUUCUGACAGCGUCAUCAAUAACAUAUUCAUAUAUUUUGAUAGUACUAUGUUUGGUUUUCUUCCCAUUUCAGGGAUCCUUUUGUCUUACUAUGAAAUUGUCCCCUCCAUUCUAAGGAUUUCAUCCUCAGAUGGGAAGUAUAAAGCCUUCUCCACCUGUGGCUCUCAUCUAGCAGUUGUUUGCUGGUUUUAUGGAACAGGCAUUGGCAUGUACCUGACUUCAGCUGUGUCACCACCCCCCAGGAAUGGUGUGGUGGCGUCAGUGAUGUACGCUGUGGUCACCCCCAUGCUGAGCCUUUUCGUCUGCAGCCUGAGAAACAGGGACGUACAAAGUGCCCUGCGGAGGCUGCGCAGCAGAACAGUCGAAUCUCAUGAUCUGUUCCAUCCUUUUUCUUGUGUGGGUGAGAAAGGGCAACCACAUCAAAUCUCUACAUCUGCAAAUCCUGCCCCUUAG